CGUCCCCUUCCGCGCAGGCGCCGGCUCCAUCCCGGUCCUAACUGCGCUUCCGGGCUCAGCGGCUGCUCCGCACCGGCGUCCGAGCCCCACGAAGCCCCGGCCCAAGCCGCCGGAUGCCCGCACACAGCGGGGCCCAGUCUUCCCGAAGGACGGGGCAGAAAAAGCAGCAAGCAGACAAAGCGGAGCGGCCGCAGAGCCCAUCCUAUGCAGCCCAGGCACCCUGCCCCAAGGAGCCCUGCUUGGGACCACCCACCACCCUGGGCCCACACCGCAGCAUCUAUUUCUCAAGCCCAAAGGGCCACCUUACUCGACUGGGGUCGGAGUUUUUCGACCAGCCGGCAGUCACCCUGGCCCAGGCGUUUCUGGGACAGGUCCUAGUCCGGCGACUUCCUAACGGCACAGAGCUCCGGGGCCGCAUCGUGGAGACUGAAGCAUACUUGGGGCCAGAGGAUGAAGCUGCCCACUCAAGGGGUGGCCGGCAGACCCCCCGCAACCGAGGCAUGUUCAUGAAACCAGGGACCCUGUAUGUGUACAUCAUUUACGGCAUGUACUUCUGCAUGAACAUCUCCAGCCAGGGGGACGGAGCUUGUGUCUUGCUGCGAGCACUGGAGCCCCUAGAAGGUCUGGAGACCAUGCAUCAGCUUCGCAGCACCCUCCGGAAAGGCACCGCCAGCCGUGUCCUCAAGGACCGUGAGCUCUGCAGUGGCCCCUCCAAGCUGUGCCAGGCCCUGGCCAUCGACAAGAGCUUUGACCAGAGGGACCUGGCUCAGGAUGAAGCGAUAUGGUUGGAGCGUGGCCCCCUGGAGUCCAGUGGACCAGCUGUAGUGGCAGCAGCCCGCGUGGGCAUUGGCUAUGCAGGGGAGUGGGCCCGAAAACCCCUGCGCUUCUAUGUCCAGGGCAGCCCCUGGGUCAGCGUGGUCGACAGAGUGGCUGAGCAGAACGCACAGGCCUGAGCAAAGGGCCUGCCUGGACAACUUUUUAAUUGUUUAAAAACAAAUAAAUGUUUUAUUUCUAGAAA